UGUGCAUCUUGUACGGCGGCGGGCGCUUGCGUCCUCUUCAUCGCAGCUGUGUUCUCAGCGAAUCAAAAAGAGGUCAAAGUUAGCAAGAUUGAAAUGCCAGUGACGUAAAUGGUCAACGUAUAAAACUUUUUUUCUUUCUCUUUUCUCUUCGAAGUCACUACCUCAUCUGUCAAGCGUCAGCAUGAUCCGCAAUGCCAUGAGGAAACUUCUGCGGCCACAAGUGGGAAUCUCAAAAAAGGCCAUGGCUGCGGCAAACCUAGCCCGGGCAGCCACGACCAAGCCUGCCAGUGAGGCAGUCAAUUUGGACCUGUUUGACCCUACGCAAGUUCAACUGUUGGAAGAGCAGUGCAUUCUAGUCGACGAGCAAGAUCGCCCAAUUGGAUCAUGCAGCAAGAAAGAUUGUCACUUGAUGGAGAAUAUCAACAAGGGAUUUUUGCACAGGGCCUUCAGCGUAUUUUUAUUCAAUUCGAAAAAUGAGCUACUGUUACAACAGCGGUCAGAUGCAAAGAUUACCUUUCCAGGUCGCUUCACAAACACCUGUUGCAGCCAUCCUCUGCACAUUCCGGAUGAGCUAGAAGAAGCAAAUGCUCUUGGUGUCAAGAAGGCUGCACAGCGUAGGCUUUUCAUAGAGCUUGGAAUUGAUCCCAAAGAGGUGCCUGUGGAUGAGAUACGGUACCUCACCCGCAUCCUCUACAAGGCUCCUUCGGAUUCCACGUGGGGCGAAAACGAGGUCGACUACAUCCUCUUUGUGCACAAGGAUGUCGCCAUCAAGGCCAAUCCGAACGAAGUCAAGGACUACCUCUACAUAUCAAGGGAAGACAUCUCGAACUUCAUAUCCUUGCUUGAAGUACGGGGCCAGUCAAUAACGCCGUGGUUCAAGCUCGUGCUGGAUAACUUUCUUUUUAAAUGGUGGGAGAGUCUGGAUAACCUGAAGAAGUUGGAAGACCAUGGGACAAUACAUCAUUUGACAGCCAAGACCUCCUAGCUCUCUUGUUCAAGGACCCCAGACUGUGAAAGACUUUUUUUAACCGCUUCAAUACCUCAACCUGACUGGUUGUUUUUACUGUGGCACCUGUUUUUAUUUAUUUUUACUAAGUUUGUUAUGAACUGACUCAUCUGUCCAACAGUGUUGACAUGCUGAUGCUUAGAUUUUGAUGUGUGCAGUGAUGAGUCUGGUGCUAAAUCAUAUUAUGAGGAGAGUUUAGAUGAAAUCUGCAUGGUGAAAAAAGAUUGAUGAAAAGGAAAGAAAACUGACCGAACAUACUUCAAGGCUACUUGAAGUAUGUUGCUACUUUGUAGUAUCGUGCUUUAUCUGGAGGUCGACCUGGAAAUAAGACACUGGAGCCAAUUACAUCUGCUUAUCAGGGAGGCUUUGCGACACUUUUUGUUGACAACCAUUCUUUGAUAUCUGUUUUUUUACGUUUCCUGACAUGCUGAUGCAGUGGAUAAAACUUGAUGCAUUUUUUACAAACUGUGUCUUCCAACUCAAUAGAUGUGCCGCACGAUUAUAAUAAUCUGACAAUAAAUUAUGAGCAAACAUAAUUGUAACUUAGCAUGCCCUGGGAUCCUCUUUGUUAGAAAUUUGCUUUCUGUUGUGUUACAAGUUGAUCUCGUUUCAAGGUCUCUUACUGGAUUUGCACGAACUGAGUUAGGAAAGGUUUGCUUUACUAGUGCAACUCGACACUCGUGUUAUUUCUCAACCAGCAGGCAUGUGUAAGAAGGAAUGUGCUUUAAAAGUUGUUAAACAGUUGGCAUUCACUCUCUGACUAUAAGAAAAGGUAGUUUACUAUGCGUCAGUAAUAUGACAUGCAGUUCUAGGCAGCUGGGUCUUGAGGGAUGCUUGCAUUGGAGCCUUUCUUUACCCCUGUACUUUGCAGAACAAAGCUGCUAGUUAUGGCAGUGUUGUUUUGAUGUUUAACAUUGCUUGCCUCAGUAGUCGAAUGCAAUUAAGCACAGAAGGAAGCCGAAUGACCACAUGCGUCACCAGAACAUAUCUUCUUCGCAACUUAGGUACAUAUUCUGGCUGAAGUCAAGUAGUACAGUUAGUGUUCUGCCAGUGUAACACAUAGAAACUUCUUUACUAAAUGAAAAUGUAUUUUUUGUUGAUGCCGUGGUCUGCCCAGACUUUCUGUUGUUAAUAACUAGAAGUCUAUGCUGCCCGUUUUGUACUUGGCUGCUUGAGAAGGAGCAUCAGAGUAUAUUGUGCAUGUUUAUUUUUGUUAUAGUAGACUGUAAUUUUUACGUGAGGUUAUAUUUAUGCCGUGGACACUUAUCCAUCGAUGCAUCAGUUUAUUUUUGGAUUUGGGCACCAAAAUCUAACCUUCCUAACCAAAGACAUGUUAAUUGUUUCAGAGUGUAACUCUUAGCACAUCUUGCCGGCUUCAUGACCUAUACGGCACAUCAAACUGAAUAACUAUGCACAAGUGAAAACGGGUUUCUUGUAACAGUUGUCCAUUAAUUUACGAUGACCAUGUGCUCUCACUGUUUUUGUUUGUUUUUUAAACAGUUGUUUACUUGCUACCAUUUUAUUAUUCAAUUUGUGACAUUGUGUAUGCAAUACUUAAUUGAUGAUCACAGGAUAUAACCAGUUCUAUGCUUAUUCCAGUUGCAGAUAACUGUCACGAUAUUUAAAUUAGGGAUCUUCAUGGUGAGGCAUUGCCAGUAUCUUGAUGCGGCCUAAGAACUUCCCUUGGCUUAUUUUUGUCUAAAGCUUAGGACAUAGUUUGCAAUUCUCUAUCUGUUUUGUUUUUCAGUACAUCCCACGUAUGUACGUACCUGCUUGACCCACCUCAAAUAAAAGAAGUACUGUUGUA